UCCGCCCCUCGCCUCGCUUCACCCUUCCAAAUUCUGGGGCUUGAGCGUCCGGGUUUGGGCGGGGACGCGUAGCUCGGGUCCUAGGAUGCGAGGGCCAUUUCUUUCCGGGCGAGGGCCAAAUCCUCGGGAAGCCGAGCCAUCUCGUCCAUCUUCUUUCCCCAAACGGGGCGCAGGCCGUGGUCACCUCCCUAAGAAGUUCCGAAGAUCCGGUCACGCUGCCCCUCUCAGGUGCCGAAAGCCAGCCUUUCUCAGGCCGCUAGGAAGAUUCCUGACUAUCCACUCGUCCGGGGUAUCUGAGGGCAGGAGCUACGCCAGACUUGCGGGAUAGGCCAGUGGAGAGUGCCCGCCCCUGACCUCCUGACCCCCGCGCGGACCCAGACUCUGGCGCCGCACAUUCCCCCGGGUCAGGCAGGGCGCAGUCACGCGCGCAUUUUACUUGCGCUCACACACGCGCAAGGCUUACGCGCUCCCCGCACACCUGCGCUCCGCCCCUUGGUCCAGGGCGGGCAACGGGAGAAGGCAUUUGGGGACCUAGGGCGGUUUCGGAGGCGCCCCCUAACUCCUCCGUUUCCCAGGACCCGAGUUGUCCGGAGGCUGCCGCGGCUCCCAACCAACCCGCAUCCUCCGCAAUCUUUCCCUCCCCCCGCCUGCGGCGGCACCGGUAUCCGCAGCCACAAGCCCGGAGCCGGUGAGGCAGCGAAGGGGGGAGGGGGAGGAAUCAAGGGAUGAGCUCCGGGAGGGCGUCGGGGGCCCUGAGCCGGACUAGGACGCCCCUGGAGCCGAAACACCAGCCGGAGCCGGAGCCAGAACCGAACCACCGCUGCAGCCCCCUAAACCUAGCAGGCGCCCUGGCCCGUGCUCGCCCCCCAGGGCCUCAUGUCGGAACCACAGCCUGACCUGGAGCCACCCCAACAUGGGCUAUACAUGCUCUUUCUGCUUGUGCUGGUCUUCUUCCUCAUGGGCCUUGUAGGCUUCAUGAUCUGCCACGUGCUCAAGAAGAAAGGCUACCGCUGCCGCACGUCUAGGGGCUCAGAGCCUGACGAUGCCCAGCUGCAGCCCCCUGAGGACGAUGACGUGAAUGAGGACACCGUAGAGAGGAUUGUUCGCUGCAUCAUCCAAAACGAAGCCAAUGCUGAAGCCUUGAAGGAGAUGCUGGGGGACAGUGAAGGAGAAGGGACAGUGCAGCUGUCGAGUGUGGACGCCACCUCCAGCCUGCAGGACGGAACCCCCUCCCAUCAUCACACAGUACAUCUGGGCUCUGCAGCCCCUUGCAUUCAUUGCAGCCGCAGUAAGAGACCUCCACUUGUCCGUCAGGGACGCUCCAAGGAAGGAAAAGGCCGUCCUCGGCCUGGGGAGACCACCGUGUUUUCAGUGGGCAGAUUCCGAGUGACACACAUUGAGAAGCGCUACGGGCUACAUGAGCAUCGUGAUGGUUCCCCCACGGACAGGAGCUGGGGAUCUAGUGGGGGGCAGGAAUCAGGUGGUGGUCAGGGGUCUGGGGGAGGGCAGCCCAGGGCAGGGAUGCCUGCCAUCGAGAGGCUGCCCCCUGAGGAGCCACAGCCCCAGGCCCUAGCUGGCUCCCCAGUGCAGAAUGGAGGACUCAGAGACACCAGCCUAGUCCCUUGUGCACUUGAGGGGAACCCUGGAGCCUCUGCAGAACCAACAUUGGGGGCCAGAGGGAGGGCCCCAAGUCUGGGGCUGCCCAGUCAAGAAGCAAAAAGACAGCCAAGCAAACUGGACACUUCAGAUCAUCAGGUAUCUCCACCACAGGGAGCUGGGGGUAUGUGAGUCUCAUUCUUCAAUGUGCUGAUGGACUACCAGCCAGCAGGGCCAGUGGGUGGGUGGGCAUGAAGGCCCUCCCCUCAACUGGACAGCACUGCCCCUCAGUUGAGGGACCAGCUCUACUUCCACCUGGAGUUGCAUGGUCUCAGGCUGGGGGACCUCAGGAGAAGACCCCUCCCUGGCCCCUCAGUCUCUUUCCCCUUCCUCUACCUGCCAACAGGCUGCCUGGCCUGCCUUCCCAACACCUCACUCCACAUGCUAGAGAGUGGCAGCUGAGGCCAGGCACCUUGCCCUUGGUGGACCCCAAAAGCAAUAGCACCUUAGCGCCCUGCCCUCUUGGCACUAGAGGCCCAAGUGCUAGCUUGGCCUUCGUGCCCUUUAUUCACUGUCAAUAAAUCCGCUCAGACCAUUA